AUUUUCAAACAUCGCAAGCCAUCCGAUAGUUGCUAUCAAGUAGUGUGUCAUAGAGAAAACUGAAACCUUCGGGUAGUCGGAAGAUAAAUGCAAAAUAUGCCUGUUUUGGAGAACGUUAAUGCUAUGGCUGAAACACCGAAUCCAGCUGGAAAUAUCACGGCUCCGGCAGACGCAGAUGUUCCGGCCCAACCUGCUCGGGAACUCACGCAGACGGAUCACCUGAACAGACGCCUCCUCAAAUCGCUCCUGGACAAUAUGCAGGCCGCCGAAGGAGUGGCGCCGGGCCAGAACGAAAACGGCUCUAACGAGGAGUCGGGCAACGAAUUCGAAGAAUAAAUCCUUUUAUUAAUGUACAGUAAA